AGUUGGCUAGUGGAUCAUUUUCUCUGAACUGGGUAGUACGUUCGCCGAAACAUAACAUCUAGAAAUUGUCUGAAAGUUUGGUCAGGUAUCCGAAUAAGUUAAGAGACCUUUCCAAAUGUGUAUAUAGCAUGAAACAUAAAACACGAGUUAUUUAUAUUCCUCAGGAAAUUACAACCGAUGUCGGUAAUUACAGGAUAGCAUUCUGAUAAGAAUACUUUUCCCCUCAGGAGACUUGGGGGUAGUCUGCGAGACGCUUGUAUGCUACGCAUUUUAAAACUGCGAGAGGGAACCUAGGUCUGCUAAAACGUAUAUACUGUUAAAAAAAAAAAAAAAAAAAAACACGAAGUGUCGAUAUCACGGAUGUGGGCAACAUCUUGACGCAACUCCUUUGACUUGCUCCUUUGUGUUGUACUGUGGGGCCUGCGGCAGCAAUGAACCCGGAGGAGCAGACGGUAACGUGGCUUAUAUCUUUAGGAGUGCUUAAUUCACCGAAAAAGAACAUCGCAGAUCCAGAGGAAUUUCUGAAAACGUCUCUGAAAGAUGGGGUUGUCCUCUGUAAACUCUUGGACCGACUUCUGCCAGGGUCAGUCCAGAAGUACUUCCAGGAGCCGAGGGGCGAAGCGGAUUGCCUUGCCAACAUAAGAGAGUUUUUGAAAGGAUGCACAUCCCUUAAAGUAGAGGGCUUUGAAGCAGAGGACUUGUACGCUGGUGAGAACUUCGGCCAAAUCCUGAACACUCUCCUUGCAGUAAACUUUGCCACUCAAGCGUCUAGUCCAAACACGCGCAGGUACCAAGGAGGUUACAAGAUAACAGCAGAUCGAGUUAUCGAGAGGUCAUGUUCGCUGUCCAGCAGCCCCUCCCCUAACCAGUCCUCUUCACACACACUGUCCAAGUCGAAGUCACUGCGCAGACAGUCCAAGCCUGCGGAGAUGUCGGAGAACGGCGGCGGAGGGCAGCUGAUGGUGAAGGCGCGCUUCAACUUCAAGCAGAACAACGAGGACGAGCUGUCCUUCAACAAGGGCGAGCUCAUCUGCGUCACGCGGCAGGAGGACGGCGGCUGGUGGGAGGGAACGCUCAACGGCAAGACCGGCUGGUUCCCCAGCAACUACGUCCGCGAGAUCAAGCCGUCCGAGAAGCCCGUGUCCCCUAAAGCUGUGAAAGUCUUUGAUGUGCCUCAGCUGACAAAGAACUACUAUGGAGUGGUGGUUCAGGACAUCUUGGAGCACGAGCGGGAGUUUGUGAAGGAGCUGCAGACCCUGCUGAGUUGCUACCUCCGCCCACUGCAGUCCAGCGACAGGUUGUCCAGUGCGGACAGCAGUAGCCUGAUGGGUAAUCUGGAGGACAUCCUGACGUUCCAGCAGGGCCUCUGCGUGGCUUUGGAAGAGUGCACCAAAGUGGCUGAGGCUCAGCAGCGUUUGGGCGGCUGCUACCUGAACCUGAUGUGCCAGAUCAAGAUGCUGUACCUGUCCUACUGUGCCAGCCACCCCUCAGCGGUGUGCGUGCUGACAGACCACGGUGAGGAGCUGGAUAAGUUCAUGGAGAGUCAGGGAGCGGCGAGCCCCGGGGUCCUGACGCUGACCACCAGCCUGAGCAAGCCCUUCAUGCGGCUGGACAAGUACCCAACCCUGCUGCAGGAGCUGGGGAGGCACGUGGAGGAGGCCCACCCAGACCACUGUGACAUCCUGAAAGCCAUAGUGGCUUUUAAGAACCUUGUGGCGCAGUGCCAGGACCUGCGCAAGCGCAAGAACCUGGAGCUGCAGAUCCUGUCGGAGCCCGUGCGCGGCUGGGAGGGCGAGAGCAUGAAGUCCCUGGGCGGGGUCAUCUACAUGUCGCACGUUCACAUGCAGAACGGGGCCAGCGAGGAUAAAGAGGAGCGUUACUUGAUGCUGUUUCCCAGCGUCCUCGUAAUGCUGUCUGCCAGCCCGCGCAUGAGCGGCUUCAUUUACCAGGGAAGGUUACCGCUGACCGGAACAACAGUAACCAGGCAGAUAGAGGAUGCAGAAAACGCCUUUGAAAUCACAGGAAGCAUGAUCGAGCGGAUCACGGUCUUCUGCAGCAGCCAGCAGGAGCUGCAAGAGUGGUUCGAGCACCUACCCACUCUGACCAAAGGAGGAAGCCCUGUGGGAACCAUCAGCAAGAAUGCGGACGGCAAGCCUGCGGUCACCACCCCGAGCCACCAGACCGUGUCCCAGGGCUUCACCUCUCCCAUCAGCGGCCGGGGCCCCCUGGAGCCCCCCAAAACCGCCAAGCCCUGGUCUCUGAGCUGCCUGAGACCCGCGCCCCCUCUGAAGCCUUCCGCAGCGCUGGGGUACAAGGAGAGGAUGUCUUAUAUCCUGAAGGACUGCAGCAAAAGCCCUCGUCCCAUCACAAAGUUCCUCCAGAAGAGAAAACCCGAAAGAAAACCAUCAGAUGACGAGUUCCUUCUGAGGAAAAGCACAGCCGCUCUGGAGGAGGACGCACAGAUCCUGAAGGUCAUUGAGGCCUACUGCACGGGGGCCAGCUUCCACCAGUCCACCACAGCGGUUCGGAAAGAGGGCGUCCCGCAGGUGCUCCUGCCCGAGGAGGAGAAGAUCAUCGUGGAGGAACUGAGGAGCAACGGACAGACCAUAAUCGAGGAGAAGAGCCUUGUGGAUGCAGUAUACGCUUUAAAGGAUGAGGUCCACGAAUUAAAAAAGGAGAAUAAGAGAAUGAAGCAGUGUCUCGAGGAGGAGCAGAAAUCACGCAAGGAGCUGGAGCGAAUGGUCAGGAAGCUGGCCAAACAAAAGAAUGACUGUGCAUGGGAAGAUGCCAACUUCUAAGUGCUGUGAGUGCGUGUGGGUGUCUGUUUGUAUGUAUGUGUGUGUGAGAUGCACAGUUGUGCACAAACGCAACUGUAUAUCACACGUGUGAGCGCGCUUGCUUAUCUUUGGUGUGUUUGCUGGAUUGCUGAAAGCUGCUGGCAGUUUCCACAACAUAGUAACCCCCCUCCAGCCCUUGUAAGGACACCCCCACCCCCCCCACAAAAAAAAAAAUCCAAGCUGGGGUCUUAACUGAUCUUUCAGAUGCAUUUGCACAUGUGCAGAGAUUAAUGGUGGAGAGGGCAAAGACAGGAAGACAGAAUUGAAAAGGUUUCCGGACCGGUAAACGGUGCUUGCUGUUUGAGGAGUUGAGGCUGGUGACGGGAUUGAUGGGAUUGAACAUGGACGUUGGUGGAAUGCCCAGGUCUGAGCUACGGUUCUGGACACGUACGUGUUCGCCUGUUCACAGUCCUGAUGAGUGGCUUUUUGAGGGGCUGUUUCUGAAGACCAGUCAGUGAAAAUUAGGCAAACAAAAACAACAGAAUUACCCAAACUGUAGAGCUGUUCUUGUACUCUGAACACUGUGAACUGCUUCCUGGAAAAGAGACCGCUUUCAUUAUUGAAAAAGAUAAGGAAAAAAAAAAAAUCUUCAAGUUGCUUCGAUCCCGCAACACUGUGGAGGACUUCAAGGGUCUGCUGUUGUGAUCUUGAAGAGAAAGGCAAUUUGAAAAACUUUUGCAUGCACAUAUUUUAAUAGGAGACCAAUGCUUUUGGUCCAAGCCACGUGGUCUUUUCCCUCGUACGGUCUGUUAUUUUGGGAGUACGUGGAUUGGUUUCUUAUUGGUGGCAUCCCCACAUUAAGGAUGCAGUAGAGGAAACGACGGCUUGUCUUGACUUUCGAUGGAUCUGUGGCCAUCUUGAAGGUCUUUCGUGGGGAUGAGCGCACUGAAGAGGCUUCGAAAGUUGCACCUUCAGCUCGUACGUACUGUUAAAGCUUUAAUAUUAACCUCUAUUCUCUCUCGACAGUAUAUCCUAUCAUUUGCAUGUGUACGUACAGUAUUCCUUGCUUGUGUCACAUUUUAUGAAAUAUUUUCUUCCACUAGUAGGUCACAAUUUUAUGAGUUGCUGUCAGUGCCAUCAGUAGGCCGAAUGAAAAGGAUUUAUUACAUAUAUGUGGCAUAUGUAUUUAUGUUGUGCGUGUAUGUAUAUAAAUAUAUAUGGCAAAUGCAUACUUUCUUAUGCAAACAAGUUUUCAUAGCUUCCCUAUAUAUACUCUGAGAUAAAACAUAUAUAUAUGUGUGUGUAUGUAUAUAUAUAUAUAUAUAACAUACACACACACCAAGGUAUGGCUUAUUUAUUUUUCAUUAAAGUAUUGAAAUGCUGUAUGUUUGGUACUAAAAGAAGCCCACUCUUAUAGGACACUUCAGUUGCCUGGGCUUCUGCCUUAAGCGAGUGUUCUUUGUUCAGAUGUUUGAUUUUCUCGCGACGGCCGUUUUGUCCCCCUGGCUGUCAGCACGAGGCUUCCAAGCCAGAUGCAUGUCUCAGAGCAGAACGUCAGGUACCAUAGACAAAGUGCCUCCCUUUCGUUUGAGUUCAUACAAGACCUAUAAGACAACAGGAAGGAAAUGGUGGCAGCACGUAUAGGAAACCGCUCACUCGGCAAGCUUUUACACUAUCGGUGACAUUAAAGCACUUGGUUCUAAAUUAACAGGUUUUCAUUGGAAUGACAGAAUGUAAGAGGAGUCGAACUUAACUGUGGGCGGAAUGAUGGCGGUAAUGGUGUUGGACGACAGCAGGCUACAGAAUCCUGGCUGCUGAUGGGCAAGAGGACAGAAAUAAUAAAACAGGUUCACGCGGUUUUCAUAGGCAAUCAAGUUACGAACACUGUGAAACGUUUUCAACAUGUAGUCUAAGCCUGCUGCAGAGCAUCACAAGCAAAAGCUGUAACGGUAGCAGUUCAAUGCAAUAAGUCACUUUUAAGCUUUUCAUUUGUUUGUUUAUUUUUCUUCGUUUUUUUGUUACUCCUUCAAUUUAGGAGUAGUGGACUUUGGCAUUUUAACGCGUAGCGAGCGAUCAUUUUGUGUGACAAACAGUUCGGUUUCGACAAUGGCGGUAUUGGCAGUAUGGCGUACCACUGUGAGCUAACUUCAAAACUUCAAACAAAGCUGCAUUCGACUCUGUGAAUUAUGCGACGAGUUGUGCUGUGAUGCUGAGCUGUGCGAUCGACCAAUCACGCGUAAAGUGAUUUGGCCCUAAAAAGAUAAGCAAUUCUCGAUGUGUCAUUACUGUCUUCACAUUUCCUUGCUCUGUCCUCAGAUGUCACUGGAGUCUUAAGCUGAGCUGUGCAAGCUGUCAUCUGAAUAAGUAUACUUCAGAUAGCCUUUAGAACAUCAUUUAAGUAUAUAUUGUGAAUGUUUUCUGUGUGGCAAAUGGACAAACGUAUUGCAUUAAUCUGCCUUCAUUUUCUAUUUAUUAUUUAAAUGGUCCUAGUAUCUCAGUGGCCAUGGUUACAUUUGUAACGGAUUUAUUGAAUGGCUUUGAAUGUCGGAUGCCCAUAGAAAUGUCUUUUUCUAGCCUAGCAGUAAUGGGUGGGGCAUGGGGAGGAGGUGGGAAAGGAGAUUCGAACAAUAGGCCUAGGCCCUAAAAUCAUAAUCUCAACUGAUUGGAAACGUGCUUGUGUCUGGGGUCCGUUCCACAUGUGUGGUUUGCUAAUCAUUCUAUGCAAUUAGCUUCAUUGUUCUUACGUGUUUUUUUUUUCUAACAUCUCCAUGUACUGUUUUGCCUAUUGUAAUUAAAGUAUGUCUUUUAAUAAAAAGGUACCUUUAAAAUA